AUGGCUAUUCAGCAACGUGACUCGCUCGACGAGCUAGAGCGCCAGCGGCUCGACCUCGAAGAGAACGUGCGAAAACUCCGACAAUCUCUCUACAACUGGCGACUCUGGGAAGCCGAAUAUGACGGGCUGAGAGACGAGCUACAGAACUUGCCAGAAGACUGCACGAGUGCUGAAAUGCUGCAAGUGGGCAUCGAUUUGGAGGGGACUGUGGUGGACGAGAAGGAAGUCAAGGCCCUUAUUGGCGAUGAACAGGGAAACAUCGCGCGAUCUAGGGAUCAGGUCGUCCAGCAGAUUUCAAGGAGACUGGAUUAUGUUAAACAGAAUGUUGCCACUAUUGAGAAACGUUUAGCAACUGCAGGUGCCGAUUUGGAUAGAUUGCUUUCUAUUGAAAGCCCUGGGCCGAACGCCGCCACGGAAAAUUAUGCUGUUACCGACAUUUUUGAAGAGUUGGAUGAGAAUGGGGAGGUCGUCUCUAGCAAGCUCUCUACACCCGCAGACCGCGCACCUGAGAUUAUGGAUGCGCUUAAGAAAGCUGGUGUAGAGGUGCCGGAAGACUCUAAGGACGAGAAGCAGGUUGAUGGCGGUGACAAAGUGAAUGCGAAGAUCGAGAGCAAAGCACAGACGGAUUCGCAAUCGGGAAAGCCUUCGAGUCCAGUGACCACUCAACCUGAUAAGGAGCAAGCAAAAACAGCACCCUUGGUCAGAAAUACGGUUGUUACAACUGCGGAAACAAAUGCUGAGAACUCCGAUGACUCAGACUCGGAAGCCCCCCUUGCUGAAGUCGAUGAAUCUCCCGAAGACGCAAAGCUUCGCCGGGAGAUGCUCGAGUACAGUUUCCACGAAGUAGGCAAGGUCGUUGCAGAGCUUGAAAUGGACGAGGAAGGCAGUGAUGUAUCCUAUGAUGAUGAUGAUGAUGACGACUACGAUGAUGAAUACGAAGACGAAGAAGAGGACGAAUAUGGGCGCACAACUUCAUCAGUCUUGACAGAGGAAUACCACCAGCAGAUGAAGGAAUUAGAAGAGAAGCUCAAGGCAGGUGGCUUUGUCAAUUUGGGACCUGCUAGGAACAUGUCUGCAGAAACGAUACGCACGACAGAAGCAGAAGCAGAAGCAGCAUCUGCCCCGACAUCACAGGCUGGUGUUCUAAGGGUCACGAUCGAGAAGGAUACAAAUAAAGAAACGAUAGGUGGAGGUGACAAGAAGAACAAACCAAAAAAGAAAGUUGCAUUUGCCGAAGAACUCGAUAUUGCACCAGAAAAGUCAGCAACAACAACGCCACCAGCAUCAUCGAAGCCGAAAUCUGAACGCAAAAUCGACGUUGUGAAACCGGACAUUGCACCUUUAUCGGAGUCCAUCGUCGAGCGUUCUACCACCACAAAAUCAGGUCCUACUAAAGAUACUACUGGUCCUGCUUCUGUAAAGAAGAAGGCAUCAAGAUUCAAAUCUGCGAGAAAUGACGGCACUCCAACACCAGGCGAUUCGAGUACUGCGGCAAUUGGUGGUAAUACAGCACAACCACAAAAAUCCAACUUGAAGAAGUCAGACCAAGCCCCGACGGCUUCAUCUAUCACAUUAUUUCCCGCACGACCCAGUGAGCCAAAGCCAUUCUCUCAGCCCAUUAUUUCCGGCAAAGUUGGAGACAUAUUCAGCGCAGCAGCGGCAGCAACAUCAUCAUCUUCUUCUUCUACACGCAGCGAGCCACAGCCCCCUGAGGGCAAGAUCAGCGCAGAAACACUCAUUGAACGGCCACCAGUUUUGGACAGACAGGACGUGCUGCCGCCAGAUCCAGACGAAAUCGACGACGAAAUACACCGCAAGGAAGUCGCGUCCGAGUUCUAUCGUCGUCGAAAUCUGAAGAUUCAACAGAGUGGCGGGUUUUUGCGAGAUGAUGAUUAUGAGCAGCCGCAGGACGAGCUUUAUGAAUUAGAUGAGAACGAUCAGCCGAAGAGGAAAGUCAGUAAGUUCAAAGCUGCGAGGAUACGUCCGUGA